AUGAUCGCCUUGUCGUCGGCGGUGGUCAUUGCUCGGUUUAGUCUGAUCUUCUGGAAAUUACGGUCGCUGCAGGUCGAGGAUGGCUGCAUUCUGCUGUCGUGGGCCUGCUUCCUGGCCAUGAGCAUUGCGUACAUUAUCGUCACCCCGGUUAUGUACAAAAUCGAUGCGUAUACGGAUGGCAAGAUCGGUCCUUGGGCGACUAUGCUGUCCGACGCCCUUUUCAUGAUCAAGGUCUUUUUUGCGAACACCAUGCUAUUAUGGGGGUCGCUGUGGUCCGUCAAACUAUACUUUCUGUUUCUCUAUCGCCGACUUCUCCAAGACCUGCCGGGGGAGUGCAGUACACAUCGAGACGCCGUGGCAGAGAUUGCCAGUUUGUAUUAUAGUUUUGCGGUCGACGCUAUCAGCGAUAUAAUGAUCAUGGUGCUGCCAUUGCGACUGGUGGUGUCGCUGCACCUUCCGCUGGGCCAGAAGAUCAGUGUCGCUGCCGUGUUUGCCUUGGGCACCAUCUGCGUGAUCAUGGCAGUUGUACGAGUCAUCCAAAUCGGUACUCGCGCCAACAACGACAGCACCCCAAGUAGUUCCUGGCUGGCAUUCUGGGGCAUGAUCGAGGCGGGGAUAGCUGUCAUCGUCGGCUGUCUUCCAGCUUUCGCAAUCAUCUACCGCCGCACCAAGAACCCACAGCGCUACCGGAGCAGCUAUGUCGGCAUGUCUUCGUCAGUUUACGUGCCACAGGAAGAUGUCCCCUUGUCGGAGCUUGCUACACGUGGAGAGGAUAGUGGCACGGGAGAGACAGGCUUGAAAGCAUUCAACACUACGCCGGAAUUACCGAUGGAACUAUCUGGCGAGGAGUGA